AGCGCCUCCUGGCACCCACAGCUCCCCCCAGUCCUGGCAGCACCGUGGGUCUGGCUGCUGGGUGCUCCUCCCCAGGGGCAGCCGCAGUGGGGCUGUGCCAGAGGUGGGACAUUGGCCCUGGUUGAAGCAGAAGCAGGAGAAGUGGCAGCGCUGAUCCCCAGGGAUAACCCAGAACGAAGCAGGACGUGGGUGCAGCAUGGACGGGGCCGCGGCGCCCGCCCGCCCCGCGGGGCUCUGCGCCUUCGUGGCGGUGUCGCAGGCGCUGGGGCUGGCGCUGCUGCUCACCACGGGGGCCUGGCUCGGGCGGUACCGCGGCGGCCUGGGCUGGCAGAGCGCCCUGCAGCUGAACGUGCACCCGCUCUGCAUGGUGCUGGCCAUGGUCUUCCUCCAGGGUGACGCUCUCCUCGUGUACCGCGUGUUCAGGAACGAACCCAAGCGAUCCACCAAGGCGCUGCACGCACUGCUCCAUGGCUUGGCGCUGCUCAUCGCCCUCGUCGGCAUCAUCGCAGUGUUCGAGUCCCACCGGGCCAAGGGCAUCCCCAACAUGUACAGCCUGCACAGCUGGUGCGGGAUGGCCACCUUCGUGCUCUACCUCCUGCAGUGGCUCCUGGGCUGUGGUUUCUUCCUGCUCCCCGGUGCCUCCUUCUCGCUGCGGGGCCGCUACAAGCCUCAGCACAUCUUCAUCGGCACCGCCCUCUUUGCCCUCUCCAUCGCCUCCUGCUUGCUGGGCAUCACCGAGAUGCUCCUCUUCAACAUCAGGGACUCCUACAGCCGCUUUGUGCCCGAGGGCGUCCUGGCCAACACCCUGGGGGUGCUGCUGGUGGCCUUCGGGCUCGUGGUGGGCUACGUCUUGACACGGGAUGAGUGGAAGCGCCCGCCCCUGGCCGAGGAAUUGGCCCUCUCCAUGGACUUCAAGACCCUGACGGAGGGGGAGAGCCCCGGUGGUGGCAGCCAGUGAUGCCCCUGGCUCCUACGGGAUGUUUCCCAUGUGCCCUGGGGGGCUCUGCCCGGCUCAGGGUACGAGGACCACUGGGGAAGGAUGCGCUCGCUGGUGUUAAUGCUGGAUUCAGCCUCGCUUGGCCUUCAUCUUCCUCAGCUCUGCCCUACACAGCCCCUGGUGCCCCUGAGCCCCCAGCCCCAUAGGGCACAGGCAGGGGCUGGCUCUGCCCAGGGGACCAGGAGUGGGAGCGCUGGGUUUGGCCACACGUGGGGGCUUGGAAUGAUGCCGGGGUCUGUGCAGGUUCAGCAUCUUUGUGUCCGAAGCCUUCUCCUCUCGUGCGAUGUGUUGUCUGCUCCGUGGGCGCUCUCAGCCUAAUAAAUGUCUGCAGCCAACCCUG